AUGCGCUUCAAAACAGACAUCUCGAACAUCACGACCUUCACAAAGCUCGUAUCAUGCCUGAACUCGACAUCCAAAGUCGCAUGGCUCAAGCUUGACGAAGAGCAGGUCCACUUCACGCUGAUGGAAGAAGCCACAGUCAAAGAAACCCUCUUCAGCACCUACCGCAUCGCCUCCGCCUCCUCCAACACCAUCAACCUCGAAGUGCCCCUCCCCAUCCUCCUGCGCGCCCUCCGCUCCUGCGCCUCCUCCCCCGCCGCCACCCUGCGCCUGACCAAGCGCGCCGCCGACAACGUGCCCAUCCUCUGCAUCACCGUCAGCACCUCGUCGUCGUCGUCCACGCUCGUCACGCAGGAGAUCCCCGUGCGCGUGCUGGCGCCGGCGGCCGUCGCGGGGCUGGGCGAGCCGGAGGUGCCGCCGCCGCAGGUGAGCGUUGUGCUGCCGGGGCUGGCGGCGGUGCGCGGCGUGGUGGAGAGGAUGAAUAGGUUGGAUGUGAGGAGGGUGCGGUUGGAGGCGAGGCGGGUGGGCGCGGAGAGGGAGUUCCGGAUGGGCGUGGAGGGGGAGGAGGUGAAGGUGGAGAGUGUGUGGAGGGGGCUGGGGACGGGGUUGGGGGUGGAGGAGGAGGAGGAGGAGGAGAUGGAGGAGGGGGAGGGGUGGGCGGGGGUCACGGUGAAUGGGAGGGAGUGGGCGAAGGUGUUGAAGUGUGUGGGGUUGGCGAAGAGUGUGGUUGCUUUCUUUGUGAAUGACUUUGCACUCGUCGUGUAUGUCUACCUCACCGAGAACGAGAGCGACGCCGUGAUCACGUACUACAUGAGCUCCCUCAGCGACUAA